AUUUGAUAUCGUAUCACUGAUGAAACAACAACUUUUUGGAAUUACUAUAUAAGUCUCAUCUUUUGAUAUAUAACCGUAGUAUUGAGAAAGCUUUUGGCAGGUCAAGUCUCCUGAACAUGACGCGAAUACUUUUUAUCGUUGUUGGACUGAUGACUAUUUCAUAUUCAGAUCUUGCAAGUGGUGCCUUACAGUGUUAUGAAUGCCUUACCUGCACAGAUCCAUUCAAUGCUUCACAAGCAAUUAAAAAAACAUGUCCCACAGCCAUUGAGCAGGUUUGCUACAAGUUCAAAGCUAGUGCGGGUGGUGUUGAUGUUGUAACAAGAGGAUGUAUUCCAAAAACAUCUAGUGACGUGUUCUGUGACAGUGCAAAGAAAUCAAGCUCAGUUGUGGACUACUGUGGAACCUGUUCUACAGAUCUGUGCAACUCCAGUAGUGCUAUCGCAUCGUCCCUAGUCAUAUUAAUGACGACUAUGUUUGUUAAACUUGUGGUUUAGAUACCACCGUAUUUAUAAACUUUUGUAAAAAAUAUACUCAAUAUAAGAGGUUCCUUUGUUAGUUACUGCUCAAGGGUUGAAUGCAUAGAUGUUCCUUCACUUGAGGACUGCUUACCUGACUUGCUUUGACAGUCUUGACACAUUAGAGUAGCAGGUGUGUUUGGACGAGUUGUUAAAUUAAUAUAUAUAUAUAUAUAUAUAUAUAUAUAUAUAAAUAUUAAGGAAGGGCUAUGUUUACACCGUAGGUAACCACAGUACCCCCGUUGAAGUGAUUGCACGCCGAUUGCCGGCUGGCGGGGUACAAGUUCGUGGUGAACAUGAAGCAGCAAGAGGACUAGCGAAUGAAGAACUUCGUUUCAUUUUUCAAAUAUAAAGCAACUUUUCGUGUUUUCGCGUAUAUACAGGGUGUUUCAGUUUAUUGUUGCAUAACUUUAAGAUUCGAUAGAACUUUUAAAAUUAAUGCAUAAAGUCUAUAUAAACAUAGG